AUGAAAACUCCCAAAUCUGUUUCUAAGAAGGCGAAUGCGAGUUUGAAGGACUUCAUUGACGACUCGGAUGACUUCUUGGACUUUAGAGUGAGAAAGAGCACAACAAAGAAGGGCAAGCUCAGAGUGUGCUCAGUGCCUGGUUGUUUCCUGCAAGAUCUCUCAAAUCCGGCUUCCCACUAUGUGAAGUAUUUCAAGAAAAAUAAAGAGGAGCUGGCACAGAAACUCUACUGGCUGUAUAAUACCACCAUCUUUGAGCAGAAGUUACCAGAGAAAAUGGUAAUAAUCUGGAACAAGAAAAUGAGAAAAACAGCAGGAUAUUGUGUGACUGGGCAGACAGAAGGUCCUGAAGCAAAGCGUUACGCUCGCAUAGAGCUUUCUGAGAAAGUCUGUGACUCUGCAGAACGCCUUCGAGACACGCUAAUUCACGAGGCCUGCCAUGCAGCCACCUGGCUGAUCAAUGGUGUUCGUGAUGGACAUGGAAGAUUCUGGAGAUUCUAUGCCAAGAAAUCUGCUGUGAUUCAUCCGGAGCUGCCAGUAGUAACGCGAUGCCACAGCUAUGAGAUUAAUUACAAAUUCAUCUACGAGUGUGUUCUGUGCAAAGCUACGGUUGGACGUCACUCCAAGUCUCUGGACACAGAGCGCUUCGUGUGCGCUUUCUGCGGGGGGCAGCUGGCCCUGAGUCGGCGCACGCGGAAGGAUGGCACUCCUGUGAGGACACAGCUGACGCCCUUUGCCGAGUUCGUGAAGGACAACUACAGACUUGCUAAAAGAGAGCAGCAGGGGCUGAGUCACGCAGAAGUCAUGCGGAAACUCAGUGCUGAUUUUGCUUUAAAAACGAGGCUUCAAGAUCCCUCGUAG